UAUAUUAGCGUGACGUGACGGCCAAUGUGAAUUGGCCUUUCAAGACUCUGUCCUGCACAACCACGCGAGUUUAAUAGGAAGGUUCUUCCCUAUGUACUCUAUGACCCCAUGAAGACUAGUGUCUGUCUGCAGAACAAUUUUUUCUUUUUCCGCUUCUGGUGACUAAAGUUCUUAGUAAUGUAAGAGGUAAUUUUACCGUAGUUCAUACGUUGGCUACCCUGUCAUAUCAGCUGGCGGUGACAUUUGUUUGUGAUGGAGGUGUAAUGUUGUUGUUUGGUUCGUAUGUACAGAACCCGGUGAAUGUGUCAUUUUGUUCUGAAAUAUGAGUGUGAAAGCAUUUGAGUGUACCUCUGUCAUAGACUCCUUUCACGGCCCGGGAGACAGCGAAAUUUCAAAGAUUGAAUCCAUAGAAUGCUGUGGCAAAGAUCUUUACUUGGGCACGACUGAUAGUUGCAUCAUAAGUUAUGUUUUGGAAGAAAAAUACCAGGAAAAUGGUAACAUUGUGUACAACUGCAGGAAGGUGAAACAUAGGAAUCUUGAACAGAGGAAGCCAAUACAUUGCAUUAAAUCACUGUCAGCAAUAAAUAGACUGCUUGUUCAAUGUGAUACCUCUCUGCUACUUUUUAAUGUUCCUGAAUUGGAUAUCAUUGGCAAUGGGCCAAGGAUUCGAGGUGUAACAACAUUUUGUAUGAACCAGAACCCAACAUCUUGUCCAUUUCCACUGGUACAGAUGUGUGUGGCACGAAAACGCCAGUUGCAGGUUUUCAACUUGGCAGAUGACAGGCUGGCUCUUGUGAAAGAAAUAAAUGUAUCUGAACCAGUGCAAAAGAUGGCAAUGAUUGGUCCAUACAUAUGUACAGCUCUGCAGAGUCAGUAUUUGUUGUAUAACUUUGAGACAAAUGAUAUGCAGCAACUGUUCACAUAUGGUGGAGAUAAUUUUCUUCCACUUAUUUGCUCAAUAUCACAGGAUGAAUUUCUUGUUAGUGCACGUGAGGACUUAGGAAUGUUUGUGACGACUAAAGGUAUGUCAGAACGUCCUCCCGUGAGAUGGCCAUGCCCUCCUAUUUCUCUGACAUACUAUCAUCCUUACAUUCUUGGCUUGAAUGAGGAAGUGAUUGUCGUAUAUAGUAUUCUUGAUCAACAACAGAAGCAAGUGAUACCUUUUAGUGGUGGCAGGACUAUUGGUAAUUUUGAUGGUAGACUCUAUGUUAGUUCUGUCACUUCAGUUAAUGCCCUAAUUGCAAUAUCAUGGGAAGAACAAGUUGAGGGGUUGUUGCAGGAUUCAAGAGUUAAUGAAGCCCUCCAGCUAGCACAGAAUUCUAACAUGAGUGGAAUGACAAAGGAAAUGUUUCAGAUGAAGCUAAGGAAAAUUGAGCAGAAAUGUGGAUUUAUUUAUUUUGCUAACUCUGAGUUUGAUAAAGCUAGAGAAAUGUUUGAUAGUGGCGGUAUCGAUGUGCGAGAGGUUAUAUCGUUAUUUCCUGGAUUCUUACCAUCAUCAUCCAAUUUCAUAAGAUCUGUGCCACCUCUUCAUGGGAUAGCAGAUGUCAACCAGUUGUUUCAUGGAAAUGAACAUAAACUGAAGACUGCUAAGUCGUUUUUACUGCAUUUUUUGCGAGAUCUUCGUGAUUCUUCAUCUACUAAACAUGCUCUGGAGGUUGACACAGCUCUGUUAAAACUGUAUUCAGAAUUAAAUGCUGCAGAACUUGAAGCCUUUAUUGUUGCGGGAGAAAUUACUUGUGAUGUGAAAGACUGCAGCAGUUGGCUAGAGCGUCAUAAAUGUUACCAUGCACUUGCUCUACUGUACCGUCACUCUCAGGAUCAUGAAAAAGCUCUCUCAGUAUGGCUUAAAAUUAUUUGUGGGGAAUACCAGGACAGCAGUUUCCCAGGACUUCAGUUUUUUGUGGAGUGUUUAGCAAAUCUUAAAGAUACUGAUCUUAUAUGGAGGUAUGCAGACUAUGUCUUAAGCCAAGAUGAAGAAAUUGGUGUUGGUGCUUUCACACUGCGUUCACAAGAUACUCACCAGGCUCUGAAGCCUGAUGUGGUGUUAGAAUAUCUUUACCGUUACCCAAAAGCAGUGAUAAAGUACCUCGAAUAUAUAGUACUAGACAAGAAUUUGCAGGUUGAAAAGUUUCACACUCAGUUAGCUAUUUUGUAUUUAGAAAACAUUGCCAAGCUCCAAAAAGAUGGAACUUCACCGGAAAAUAUUAAAACUAUUAGACUGAAACUUCAGACAUUGCUUCAGACUUCCAACCUUUGUCGCACGCAGCUCUUGUUGGGGAAAAUGCUUAACAGCAACCUGCAUGAGGAAUGUGCAGUAUUGUAUGGAAAGAUUGAAGAGCACGAGAAAGCUCUUGAUAUUUUGGUGAACCAAUUAAAGGAUUUUAAAGCUGCAGAACUGUAUUGUGAUAAUAAUGCACAAGGAAAGGAACAGAAGUAUCGAAAUGAUAUUUUUUAUACUCUUUUGAGUAUUUAUCUAAACCCUAAAAUAGAGUCUCCAAAGAGGGAAGAAUUUGCAGUUAAUGCAAUAGAAUUGUUGUGUACAAGAGCUGUCGACUUCGAUGCUACCCAGGUUUUACAGACAAUCCCAUCUGCAUGGUCUAUUGCUGGUGUUGAAAUGUUUCUUACAUCCAGCAUAAGAGGUUCUAUGCACAAGUAUCGCAUGAGAAAGGUGGAAUCGUCACUAGCACGUGGUGAAAAUUUAUGUAAAGCAUUUGCAAGAUAUGAUGUAGAACGAACAUCAUGUGUAUUGCAGGAGACAAGUUACUGUUGUGUGUGUAAGAAACCAUUCACAGACAGUACUUUUGCGAGACAUCCAGACAGUGUUAUUACUCACAUUUCAUGUGAUAGAAAAGAUAAUGAUAGUUCUAUCGCAAGCAAGCAUCAUAAUAUCCUCGAAAGCAGAUGAUUUUUGUGUGUGUUAGAAGUCCUGGAGUAAGCAUACCUAGUCAAUGCAACUGUAUAUGUCGAGAUGUUUUUGUAAGUAUCCUCUGUAAUUGUACCAGAGCUGUUAUUCAAGAUGCACUUUAUAUCUUAUACUAUUACUGCAUUUUCAUCUGUUAAUACAGUGUUAGUACAUAUACUGUAUCUACUGCUAUGAAAAUGAUAAGUCGUAGUGCUUUAUAUGUAGGAGAUUUGAUGAUGGAUAAAGUGAGAAUUGAGAAACACAAUUCACCCUACUGUAAAUGUGAAUUUUUGUUUGUUUAUGUUGACAGCAAUGUUGUUGUUAUAAGAGGCGUCUCUUAGUUUAUUCAUUGGUUUCUGUGGACUUAAGAGAUGUGCUCAUCUGCCAGCAAGAUGUCAUUUCAUUUUAUAAGUUAAUAUAUUUCUGAUAUAUUUGUUUAACUGGACUUCAGCAUUAGCUUAUUUUGUUUUUUGAAAAAAAAUAGCAUUUUUGAAUGUGGAAUGAUCUAUUAAUACAUAGACUCCUGUAACCAUUAUGUAACUGGCAAGGAUGCACGCCAGGCAAUCUGAACAUUGAGAUAUGUUACAGUUUUCUUUGUUCCUUGUGGUGAAGAUAGAUAUGUUGCAAAUUGAGUAUAUUAUCUUUUCCAGUAUUACUGGAAUAUGUUUUGCUCAAGUGUUUUGGAUUAUGGGAUGUAACUUUGGACAAGAGAAGUGGGCUUUUGAUGUUUUUUGUCUCAUAAUGGCAAAAAGCCAUUAAUUGGCACUUUCUUCAGAGUAAAAUUGUUAUUUUAAAUGUGACAUAAUUGGUACAAAGAAAUGUAUGGACAUUUUAUUAUAAGCUUGUGAUUUCCACCAUAGAUACUCAGUAAGCUCACCAGACAAAAACAUUAAUCACCUAGUGUGUCAAAGUCAACAUGUGAAAAGUCGUCCUCUAAAGAAAGUGUACCACAGUACAAUGUCAUAGAGGUUUACCUGUAUGUAGCAGACAUAGCCUACUAAUCAAUAUGGGAUUCACAUCAGACUUGCAGCGAAAAUACUAUCAUGGUGGACUGGGACUGAUUGUCGUAAAAUGAAAUCGUGGUGAACUGGGAUUGAUUGGUUGUGUUCUGGUUUGAGGCUAAAAAUCUUUGCAAUGAGCUGGAAGUAUGUGCAGGACAUCAACACAAAUCCUUCUCAACCUUUUUGUGAACAAACACACUGUGUGAAGUCACCAUGUAUGAACAUUUGAAACAUUGUUUUGAACAAGAGGCCUUUGCUCUCUUCCAUCAACAGUGUUGCUUCUUUUGCAGUGGGUGAAGAUAUAGCAACAAUGAUGUGGAGGACUGAAAUUGUAUCUGUUCAAAUGAAUCAUUCUUUUGCAUAUAUCUCAACUGUAUUUGACAUUGUGUUCAUCAUAACUCAAGAGUAGCCUGUGUCUGCUACAUAUUGGUAAACCUGUAUGACACUGCUGCUCAGUAAGCAAAAAUGUUUCUUUCUAGAUAUCUUGAAUCAGAAUUACAACACAAAGCUCUCAGACAACCAGGUUUUCUUGUUUGUACACUAUCUUAAUGAGGACUGCAAAGUUUGAUUCACAGUGGACAUCAGGUCAUAUAAUAAAAUGUCAUGUCAGAACAUACCUAAUGUAUAUCAAAUGGAGUCAAUCACACCAACCUCUCAGGUUUUCAUGGUUUGAUUGAUUGGUGGUAUGCUUCUGGACAUUUAGCUGAGUUGUUUAAAUUUUAUGCACAAUAAAUAAACAUGUCAGAAAACCUAAUAAACAGGGAUGGAGGUUUCA